AAGCCCAACAAAAUAUCGCAGAGGGAAUAGACUUCCUGUAGAAAAUAUCCCUUAUUUUUGUUUUGCUAUGAGACGCUGAUUUUUGUUUUUUUGUUAGGUAGCAGAUUCCUUCCUUGAAUAAUUUGGAGUUUCGCCUUGCUAAUGUUUUUAUAAUGCCAAAACAAUUAUUAGGCGCCGAUAUAGGCACCAUUUGGUUCAGCGCAAGCAACUGGAUAUCAGCUUUGUGGCUUUUUAUUUUACUGUAACGUUAGCUAGGAAGAUUAAUUAAUUCAUUGUGACAAGCAGCAUGGCGUCCGGAGGCGGUUCAACAACUGUCGGAGAUAUUGAGGAGGACGCGUCUCAGUUACUUUUCCCCAAAGAGUUCGAAAACGCGGAGACACUUCUAAACUCCGAGGUACACAUGCUUCUGGAGCAUCGCAAGCAGCAGAACGAGAGUGCAGAGGACGAACAAGAGCUAUCGGAGGUCUUCAUGAAAACUCUGAAUUAUACUGCACGUUUCAGCCGGUUCAAAAACAGAGAAACUAUAGCCAGUGUCCGCAGCUUGCUCUUACAGAAGAAGCUGCAUAAAUUUGAGCUGGCCAGUUUGGCCAACCUGUGUCCAGAAGCAGCGGAGGAGGCCAAAGCCCUCAUCCCUAGUCUGGAGGGGCGGUUUGAGGAUGAGGAGCUGCAGCAGAUCCUUGAUGACAUCCAGACCAAGAGAAGUUUCCAGUACUGAAGACAGUUCCUCCUCUGGCCUGUUCUAACCUAAACCCAUCGUUAUGCCAGAAAAUACUGGGCUCUGCUACCCACCCAGAAGGACACUGUGCAUCCUAAAUGACACCCUUUAUAGUGAAUAGGGUGCAGUUUGGGAUGCAAUCGGACUCUGACAGUUCUUCCCAGGAUGGGUACCUCCAAAUUGGACUUGGGGGGUGUAUCGACAGCCGAGGGGUGCAUCAGGCACCGCAGAUCCGUACAUUCAUUGCAGAGAUGAUACAGCUCCAUUUAGAAGACCAUACCAAGCUAGGAUGAAUACAUACAUUACUAAAUGUAAAUACUUUAUAAAUAAACAUUUAUUUUUUUAUAACA